AUGGAAAGUAAAUGCCGGCAGGCACUUCUUGACGGCGUAUACAACGUGGGGUACGCAACACCUGCCAGUAUAGCCACGGCGACGGGGUCCACAGAGGCUGCUGCGUAUGCGGUUCUCUCUGCAGCCACUUCUCCCAAGGAAUAUUCCCUGCUGAUAAUUUCGUCGGAGUGCGGGGAGCAUGGGAUGGUGCUUCGACUUUCGCUUUAUCCUUCAAUGAAGGACUCGGGGAUCUCAGAGGAAGCCGCCCCCCGUGCUCUUGCGGCAGUGUCUCACUCGUUCAUAAGACUUUACGAUGAGGAACCGUCAAAUGUAUGGAGCGCAAUUGUGACGAAAGAGUGCGGAGAAAUGAUGACAGAUCCUACCUAUGGGAUGCUGUAUGCGAGAAUCACAACAGACGAAAUAAGAAGCGCCAUGGAGGCCCGCAAUGAACGGCUCCAGCUGACAGAUAACGAUCUUGUUCGCUACUCUCGUGAGCUUUUCUAUGCAGUGGUCAACUCGGAUGCACGUCGCGAAGCACACGCUGAAGAAGCACAGCCUCACUUUUGUUCGUCUACAGAGCCCCUUACAUCGAUAGAUGAACCGCUAAUCAAGAAGACGGCCUUGCAGGGAAUCUCACCUACUGUAGUUUCAAGCUUGGCUAUUACUGAAGAUGGGUCAUUGGAAACUGUGCACAAAGAGGUGGUUGUAUCUCACUGUGCUAAGCCAAAGGUGAAGGCAAAGCAAAAGCCCGCUGCGUGCGACAUAAUGUCAUUUGUGAAGAGGCGAGAUCCCAACUGA